UUGGGGAGCCCAAAUUUGCCUGCCGCGCAACUUCCACUCUAAUUCUGGGACCAAGGGCCCUGGCAGCGGUUUGCAGCCUGGGGGCCACGCUCCCCAGGCUCAGGCCUGCUCGUUGGCCUGCUCCUAGUGCCUGGACCCAGUUGGGGGAGGCGAAACAGGGCGCCCGAGGAGCACCCCGGGAGAGGGCGGAGCACUUCCGUGCCCCGGGGCAGGAGUGCAGGGAGCUCCCGCGCCCGGAACGUUGCGAGCAAGGCUUGCAAGCGUCGCAGGGGGGCACUCGCGAGGGACGGACAGGAAGAGGGCCAGGGGGGAACGCCAGAACCCGGGACCACAGCACGGAAACGGCCCGGGGCUGAGCUGCAGUCAGAUCCGGGGAUGGAGGGAGCCGGAGAAGAGGAGUGAGAAGGCCGGGGAGGCAGGCCCUGCUGUCUUCCUGCAGGCCGGCAGCCUGCUGGCAGUGGAGGACCAGGCCGUCCAGGAAAGGAAGGGGUCAGGAGGUCGGGCAGGGCCUCAGCAGGUUCAGACAAGUCCCCAGAAGGGAGCUGCAGGCGCCCUCGAGUCCAGGCCCCAAGCCUGGCUCCGGUUGUCCAAAGAGGGCCUAGGCCAGGCCUCUGGUGCGGAAACUGAGUCACAGCCAGACCUCAGGGCACGGCCUAGACGCUUACCAGCCAAAGUUAGGGGUAGAGAGCAGAGACCUUCGGGGGGUCUCAGGGAGUAAGGGGCUUCAGGGCCUCCCAGUCUAGAGCCGGAUUGGCGAGUUAGACGCUUGUAGAUCCAAGGUUGGAUUGGGGUGGGGUCUCUGGGACGUUGGAUCGCUACGCAAGGAUUGGGGGGAUUCAAGUGCUUAGAGAUCGAAGUCUGUCCUGGGUAGGGGGAGUCAGACAAUUGGAAAGCCUAGGUCGUUAUUUGGGGAGGGGUCUCUACGCCUUGGCGAAGCGCACAGCUGCAUCUUUUUGGCUUGAGGCCUGAGGCCUUGUCGAGAAGCUUCCGUGAAAGGGUGGGCCAGCCGGGCCACGAGAAAGAAAGUGAAUAAAUCAGGAAUAUAAGUGGGCGGGGGGCCCCUGAGAGGGGGGUCGCAAAGGGUGAGACAUGGCCACCAGGCGUUUAACCGACGCUUUCUUGUUGUUGCGGAAUAAUUCCAUCCAAAACCGGCAGCUGUUAGCCGAGCAACUUGCUGAUGACCGUAUGGCACUGGUGUCAGGCAUCAGCUUAGAUCCAGAAGCAGCGAUUGGUGUGACAAAACGGCCACCUCCUAAGUGGGUGGAUGGAGUGGAUGAAAUUCAGUAUGAUGUUGGCCGGAUUAAGCAGAAGAUGAAAGAAUUGGCCAGCCUUCAUGACAAGCAUUUAAACAGACCCACCCUGGAUGACAGCAGCGAAGAGGAACAUGCCAUUGAGAUAACUACCCAAGAGAUCACUCAGCUCUUCCACAGGUGCCAGCGUGCCGUGCAGGCCCUGCCGAGCCGGGCCCGGGCCUGCUCCGAGCAGGAGGGGCGGCUGCUUGGGAACGUGGUGGCCUCGCUGGCGCAGGCCCUGCAGGAACUCUCCACCAGCUUCCGGCACGCACAGUCGGGCUACCUCAAACGCAUGAAGAAUCGAGAGGAAAGAUCCCAGCAUUUUUUCGACACAUCAGUACCACUAAUGGAUGAUGGAGACGAUAACACUCUUUACCAUCGGGGUUUUACAGAGGACCAGUUAGUUCUGGUGGAGCAGAACACACUGAUGGUGGAAGAGCGGGAGCGAGAGAUUCGCCAGAUUGUACAGUCCAUUUCUGACCUGAAUGAAAUAUUCAGGGACUUAGGAGCGAUGAUUGUAGAACAGGGUACAGUCCUUGACAGAAUUGACUAUAACGUUGAACAGUCCUGUAUCAAAACUGAAGAUGGUUUGAAACAGCUUCACAAGGCAGAACAGUAUCAAAAGAAGAAUCGGAAGAUGCUUGUGAUUUUAAUAUUAUUUGUCAUCAUCAUUGUGCUCAUUGUUGUCCUCGUUGGCGUGAAGUCUCGAUAAGUGGCAUUGGGUUUUCGUGUGUGCCGCACGUGUGGAUCUCCCGGGUGUGAGGGGCUUGGCCUGCGCCCCGCCAGCUGCCCGCAGAGGUGCAGCCUCGAGGAAUCUGAGGGCGUCGGGGCAGCGAACCUUUCCAUCCACGGACUCCUCCUCCCCUAGUCCUGCUCAAGCGGUCCGGGGAAUGGGUUUUUGUUUUUCCUUCAUUGUUGAGAAUUUAAGGACCUUUGAUACUGCUGCACAAUAGAGAUUGAGUUCUGGGAUCAGUUAUAAUAUAUAUUUUUUUUAGAAAGAGAAAAUGAGCUGAGAGUUUACAGGCACUGCAGAAGCUGUUCAGUAUUGUAUGUGUAUAUGCUAUUUUUUUAGCAGCCAUGUCUGAGCAGAAUGUUAAAAUAAUUUUUGGAAAAAUUUUCUUUAAACCAUCUGGUUUUUAAGAAAUUUGGUACCAAAAAUUGAUGAGUAGAGGCAAAAAUGCCCCUUCAUCUUUCUCUAUAUAUUUUCCAGUUGAAAACAAAGAAGUCCUUUAAGAAUUUAUAAUCCGUUCCCCAUUAACUUAAUUUAGCUUUUCCAUCACUGUUAAUGAUCAGAGUAACAAAGUGUGAAAAAUAAGAAACCAUCAUUGAUGUUAAUUAACACAUUUAGAUGGGCCAGUUAAAACAGCUUCAUAAGUUUUAAAUUAAUUGUAAAUGGAAUAUUCCUCAUUUAAAAUUUUUGCACUGCAUUUUCUACUGUAAACCAAAAAAAAAGUUACUAAGCAAAACCACCUAAAUUUAAGUUGGUGAUUUAAAUGAAUCUCACAUUAAAAGAAAGCUUGACAGUGUUAUGAAAGCCACCAGACUCAGCCAGUGUGUCCCCAUGGGUAUCCCCAGCCAUCCUUGCUCAAUCCAUUACUUAUAUACUAACUACAUAAUGACCAGUUCAAACCAGACUCUAUUUAAUGAACUGUGAAUUUACACAGAGGCCAUUUUAAAUGGGUCACCCCAUUUAGGAUUAGUGGAUCUCAAAUUAUUAACCAAACAUCACUCCAUUUCAAAGUAAAAUAUUCCACCAGCGAUUUGAUUUAUUGGCUCUUCCAUUGCCACUGAGCAAUGCCCAGGAAGCAGGCACAUUGCCAAGGACUGGGGGCAUCUUGACUAGGAAGCUCCUCGUUUGUGUGAGCGUGGGUCAGACCGCCAAAGUAGGACUUGAUCGUUUACCUACCUAUUAUCAAUAUGGUGCUUGAAUAUAUUCCUAUAACUGUAGAACAGUGUGGAAAGUGAUGGUAACUUUGAAGUUGUUCAUGUUUUAUUGGCUUUGUUUUAAUUGACACCAGUAGAGUUUUAAUGGUCUUUGUGUAAAUUUUAAUGGCUUUUCCAUUGUUUUUGCUUCUCUUAAAAAGUUUAAGAAGAAUAUGACCUCAUUAAAUGUGCUGUUUUAUUUGGACCAGUCACACAAAAUGUCUCUCUAGAAUUGACUUUAAAGUUGUUUACAGAAAUUUAAACUCAAUUCCAGAGAUUGAAGUUGUCCAAACAGCUCAUGGGCUUAGUGUCCAAACCCCUGCCCAGCCUUCCCUUUCCAAGUUGGUGCCAUCUCCAGGUAGCCAUUGGUGGUUUUCUUAUUACUGAUGUGGCUGUGGAAUGAUAAGGUCCUAGAGGGGCCCUGGCAUUUCAGGAAGCAGACCUGGUAUUCCCUGACAAACACUGCUUAGGAAAGAGGGCUGGAGAAUAAGAAGCCAGCACCUCAUCAGUCAGCCCUGCAAUGUGAGACUUCCAUAGCUGUUGAGAGUCACUGCAGAUGUUCUUUCAUCCCGGCUGAUUUUAACCCAUGGUUGAGACGUUCCAAGUUAGAUCUGCUGCUCUUAGGUGUGGGGCUGUCCACAUUAGGGAACUUGCCUCAAAAACAGUCCACAGUGGCAAUACCGGAUUUCUGUUCAAGCUUUUUAAAGUGCUGAGUCUUACAAACCCCUGAAGGAAAGUGACCCUUUAAGAGAGGAUCAUCUUUUAUUUAUAUUUAUUUUCACCAAAUAGGGUGAUGAGGGUUGGUUUUUGUUCCCUCAACCCAUUUGGGUAAAAUAACGGAUCUGAUUAGAAACUGUUUUAAGGAGGGGCUGGGCUCGGUGGCUCACGCCUGUAAUCCCAGACUUUGAGAGGCCAAGGUGGUCACGAGGUCAGGAGUUCGAGACCAGCCUAGCCAACGUGGUGAAACCCCGUCUCUACAAAAAAUACAAAAAUUAGCCGGGUGGGACACGCCUGUAAUCCCAGCUACUCAGGAGGCUGAGGCAGGAGAAUAGCUUGAACCCGGGAGGCAGAGGUUGCAAUGAGCCGAGAUCACGCCACUGCACUCCAGCCUGGGUGACAGAGCGAGACUCCGUCUCAAAAAAAAAAAAAGAAAAAUUGUUUUAGCGCUGAGUUUCCCAAGGUGGGAGAGACAGACCCAGCCUGGAGCUGGCCCCGGGCCUGUGUGCUGACUUCUUGGGGUCCUCAAACCACUGUAUAUUUCUGUUGAGCCUGUACUUGGGGAGAGAUCAGUAGCAUUUGAGGAAGUAAGCGAAAAGAAUCAUGGUACCUCAGGGUUUCUUUCCCUUUACUCGCUGGCAGCCGUUGUCUGUGGGCACCUCAUGUUUUUCCACACUCUACUGGGCCGUGGAGGUAACGAUCACCCAGGCCAGUCUCCUCUGCCUGGGAUGCGCCCUCUGAGAGGAGGCCUAGCAGGGCAGGCUCCGUCUGGGCAUCCCUGGAUGCAGCCUCUGGACACAUGCCUCCUUUAAAGUGUCCAGGUGCGGCUCAGGUUGAGUGGAGGUAGAAGGAGAAACAGACAUGUUUACCAUGCGUUUUCCAAAGCUCCUGAUCUUUCCCAAGAUUGUAACUGAAAACUGCUGUCUCUUGUUUUGUUCGUUUUGGGGGUGGUGGUGCUGGCUGGGCCAUGCUUGUGAAGUGAUGUGUGUCUCUGAUUUAACGGAUUCCCUGUUUUCUCUGCUAAUUGAGAGAGCGUUAUUUACAGUAUUUAUUUGUUUUGACACAAGUGCUUUCAGUGUUUUAUCCUAGCUAAUGGCUUCUUAAAGGUAAUAAAACCCUUCCAACGUAAUUGGUCAGAUAAAACUUUUUUUCUUGUAUGCUUAAAUAAAGCAAUUAGUGAAGCACUUCUAUCCAAAAUGACUUUUUUGUCCUUUUUUAAAACCAAUUUAGUGUUACUGGAAACUUUUUGUACAAUAAAGCAAUCACGCAGAUUAAAGAA